AUGGCUAAAGGUCGCUAUUUUAUCUUUCUUGUGAUGUACUUACUUUUGGUGGCUUUCUCAGCGCAAGGCUCCGAACAAAACAAGUCGUUAAAGACMAAUAACGAUGGCUUCAAGGACAUACUSAGUGUUCUUCGCAGYAAGCCCAACCAGGGUAYACUMARUGUUAYAAGCAACAAGUCCAACCAGGGCAUACCCCACWAUAUCAAGGCUCUCAAGAGAGCAAUWCCCGUGAUCCCUCGGGACACUAGUGGUACAUAUCAAAACCUCAAGAUUGCGGCCUUCAAUGUUCGGGUGUUCGGAGUCACGAAGAUGACGUACCCAAACGUCCCUGAGAUACUAGUCAAUAUCAUUCUUCGAUAUGACGUCAUUCUAAUCAUGGAGAUUCGCGACAUGACUGCAACAGCUAUCUACAAACUUUUGCGCAAAGUCAAUCAGGCUUCUAAAGCUGUCUAUAAGAUAAUCAUCAGCCCACGAUUAGGACGAACUUCAASUAAAGAAGAAUACGCAUUUCUAUAUAGGACUGAUGCACUAUCCGUAGUCCGCAGCUAUACGUACGAUGACGGUGACGAGAGCUUACAACAAGACACGUUCGAACGUGAGCCAUUCAUUGUUCAGUUCCAGACCAUUAAAAACGCAGCUAUCAAGGACUUUGYUCUGGUAGCGAUUCACACUUCUCCCUCUAGCGCACCAAAGGAAGUCGAUAGCCUAGUUGAUGUAUAUGAUGACGUCAUAGCCAAAUGGUCUAUCAGUGACGUCAUUAUYCUUGGAGAUUUGAACUCAGCCUGUGAUUACAUGUCAGAUUCCGACUGGAAGGCGAACCGACUGUAUAAUGACAAGCGGUUUACUUGGUUAAUCCACGAUURUAUGGAUACCACUGUAGGGAGUARUUUGUGCGCUUAUGACAGGUUUGUUAUCGCUGGCUCAUUGAUGAAAAACGCCAUCGUCCCAGGCACCGCGGACACGUUUACGUUUGAUAUGGAAUACAAC